AUGGUUUGGUGUUAUUGCUCUAUUUGUGGUGAAAGUGGAAAAGUGAGUACUCAAACAGAAAGAUUACAUAGACAAGAAGAAUUUGGAAUAGAUCAUUCUAUUGAUAAUAGUCAGGAAGAAACUAGAGAACCAUUAUUAUCUACUAGUCAAAGCUUUAAUUUAUCAAUAUCAUCUGCUAAAGAUUUAACUACAUCAUUUUUAGCAA